AUGAGAAAUCCCAGUCAUAGGAGUCCUGAGGAGGGUAGUGGUGAUGAUAUAGAAACACCUAGACCGACUAGACAUAGUCACACGGGUAGAAGACCCAGUGCAUUGCGUCCUCCCGGUCGUAAGAGUCUUCAAGAGGGUAGUGGUGAUGACAUGGAAAGACCUAGACCAACUAGACCCAGUCGCGGGGGCAGAAGACGUCCCUCAAGGCGGAGAAAUCCCAGUCAUAGGAGUCAUGAAGAGGGAAGUGGUGACGAUACAGAAAGACCUAGACCGACUAGACCGAGUCACAGAGGCAGAAGGCCCAGUGGAAUGCGUCCUCCCAGGCGGAGAAGACCCAGUCACAGAAGUCCUAGAGAGGGCAGUGGUGAUAUGGAACCCCCAAAACUGCGUACUCCAAUUCCAUGCGCAACGUGUAGAAUAGUUACAAACCAAGUGAAUCAAAUGCUUGAGGAUAAUCCUACUGAGCAAGGGGUUGUCGAUGCUGUGGACACAGUCUGUUCUGUGCUGCCAAGCCAUUAUAACGUGGAGUGUGAAAUAUUUCUGGGCAUGUAUGGUGGAGACCUUGUCGACUUUCUUCUGAAUCAAGGGGAACCAGGGGUAUUAUGCAGUACAAUGCUACUUUGCUAAGUGAAGAUAGAUUAGAUGUAACGGUUUUUCUACACCAGCCUCUGACUCUGCAUCGACACUACAGGGAACAAAGAAAUGACGCGCUAAUAUCUUCAGUGAUAUAUAUAUAUCUUGGACCCAACUGAACUGUUUUCAACUUAUAAGAUAGAAAAAGUAGACUGCAAAAUGACCUGCUUGAUUGUUUCAAAUGUAGGAGGGAAGAGGACGUGUACGUCACAUAGGCCUACAAAUAGGAGAAGGGUUACACAACAACAAGAAAGUGGGACACAAAUACAAAUGCUUUGUUUUGCACCAAUAUCUGUAUAUUUGUUACCAUGAUGUCCAAAGUGUUUCCAAUAUAUCAAAAGGGAUGCGAUGUGAAGCACGGUUUAUGACAAGUGAUCUUUAUGUGUCCUUACAUGUUGUAACCGCAUGGUUUUUUAUGUAGUAAAAAGAAGAAACUAGAAUUCUCAUCAAGAUUGACUAAAUGACAUUUAUACCUCUUCUGUUGUAUCAGUUAUUCGUGACUUGAUCAGUGCAUUUAUUUCUUGACUGUAACAACAGCUUUUUCAAUAUUAAAGGAGAUUAAAUAAAAUGAUCAGAUUAGUUUCA